AUGCACCUGCAACUCGGUAAAAUCUCUACGAUAGUUAUUUCGACUCCUCAAGCAGCCAAAGAGGUAUUAAAAGUUCAAGACAUCGCAUUCAAUAAUCGGCCUGAGCUUUUAAGUGUCAAGAUUUUGUGUUACAACUAUUCGGAUAUUGCUUUUGCACCCUAUGGAAAUUAUUGGAGACAAAUGCGUAAGUUGUGCACGUUUGAACUCUUGAGUGCCAAGAAUGUACAAUCAUUUGCCUCUAUAAGGGAAGAAGAAGCAUUCAACCUUGUUGAAUAUGUGAAAUCAAAAUCUGGAUAUACUAUUAACCUUACAGAAAAGAUGUAUGCUCUUACGAAUGCUGUAAUUUGUAGUGCAGCAUUUGGGAAGAGGAGAAAAGAUGGAUCAGCAUAUUUUAUGUCUUUGAUAAAGGAAGCGUCUUUAAUGGUAACAGGUUUGGAUAUAAGUGAAGUGUUUCCUUCACUCAAAUUUUUGCAUGCUAUUACUGGGACAAAAGCAAAAUUAAUGAAGCUUCACAAAAAACUUGACAUGAUAAUUGAAGAGCACAAGGAGAAGCUGCAAUUAGUAAGCAUGAAAAAGGAUGGUGAAGAAGAAUCAAUUAGAAAAGAAGAUUUAGUGAAUUUGCUAUAUUUAAGACUCCAAGAAAGUGACACUCUUGAAUUACCUUUCACCGCAGACAAUAUCAAAGCAUCCAGUCAUAUUG